CAAACCCAAAGCUUCUUCUCAUUUCCCCUUUUUCUCUCCGCUCCAGCAAAGAAGAUGGGCGGCGCGAUUAUCGGCGACUUCAUUCCCAGCAACCGCAGCAUCACUGCCGCUGACAUCUGGCCCAAGCCCAAGAUUUCCAUCAGCAAGAUCAGCCCUUAUGAGCCCUUCCCGUCCAAAACAUCCCAACCCUCUUCAGGUGGUGGGCGAUCGGGUAACAAAUCAGCCACGGGCACCAAGAGGCCGAGGAAGAACUUGUACAGAGGGAUCAGGCAGCCUCGAUGUUGACAGACGAGGAAGCCAGAAUUUAAAUUGCUUAAAUCAUGGAGGCAGACACCAAUCAAAGCUCAAAUUACCCAGAAAGCAAAAUUCAAGAGGAAUUUUUUUUUGUGUGUCUCAACUGUCAUCUUGUAACAAUGUAACAAAAUGUUUUGAGUCAUGGUCAGAUAGAGCCGAGUCCAAGUUAAUAUAAUUCAGCAUCGCUUUGAUUCUCAUAUUGAACACUUUAAUUCUUAUAAUUAUAGUUGAGAUCCUGAAUUCCUACAAGCAAACAAUCUCCAGGAUUUCAUAACCGGAUUCAGAUGUUGAGCUGAAA